CGUUCUGACCGAACGCUGUCCAUCGAAACGCGGCGAAGUGUAUGCAAGUGGUAAGCGAAUCGCUCACGCGCCACCGCUGUUUGCACAUUUAUUUUGCACAUUUUGUCGAAACAUUAAGAAUCAUUUUCAGUUGACGGAAAGAUUUCAACAUCUCCGGAGGUGUGGGGUAGCUGUGCCGAUCAUUGUUGUUGCUGCUUGGCAAAAAGUCAACAGAUCUAUUCGAAACGUGUUACAAAAACAAAACAAAUCGUCAUCACAAGUUUUAUUUUUUUUUAUCAACAAAAGUGAUAAACAUUUUGUUUGCAAAAAAUGUCUCUGGAUCGGUUAAAAUGUUACGCUGCGGUUUCGGCCUAUAUUCAUCUGGGUCUGGCCAUUAUUGGCAUCUAUGUUUUCGUAGUUCUAAUGGUUGUUGAGGUUGCCAGUGAAUACACGUUCAUGAACUCCUAUGACAACAAAUUAACUGCCAUGUAUUUUUUGGCGGCAGGCCUGGUGUAUCACAUUCUUCUGUUUUGCUUUUCCCUAGUCGCCGCUGUGGGCAUUAGCAGGAGAAAAAAUUUGCUGCUGGCGCCCUUCGUAACUCUGAUUUACACCCUAAUAAGUGUUUGUGGUCUACUAGCCUUGAGUUAUUUCAUAGGUGGUCUUUGGAAUGGCAAAGCUGCGUUUGGUAAGCUUCUGCAAACACUGCUGUUAAGUUUCUCUUUAGUGGGUGCCGAAGCUUUAAUAUUUUCACCCGUCCACAAAUUAUACCAAAUAUGGAGGGAUAGUCCUCCUUGCUCCAGACUCGAGGAACAACAGGAGUAUGAAGCUGAGUGUGAACAUCAAGAGGUUAACAACGAAAAUUAUAAUACAAAUAUUUACAAGAUUCACAACCAACAUUCUACCAAGAAGGGUGAAACCUUAGAAGAUAAAGUGGUUUAUAUCUAAUUUUGAAUCACUCACCAAGUUAAUAUGGAAUAGACAUUGAGUAAAAAACCAGACUGUUAGACUAAAUAUACGGUGGUCAGCAUAUUAGACAGCCCCAAGGGUGAUUAAGUAGUAAAUUAAUUAACAUUUAAGUAUUUUUUUUUAAUGAAGAGAGUAAAUUGGAAUAAGUAGAACUUUUGAUAAUAGAAAAAAAAAAACAUUCUAUAUUCAACGUAAGAUGAUGUCAUUGAAAAACAAAACACUUUGCAUAAAGUUCAAAUAUAAACAAAUACUUGUACAUAUCUCGAGUUUUUGAAUCAAGCCUUAUUUUAAUUCUAAAAUUUGAUAAUUGCUUUUUUCAAACGUAUUUGCUUAAUGAACAAUAAUUGACGUUGUAAGACCGCUUAAAUUUGAAUCGUAUGUUUAAUUGUUUCAGAUUUAAUGCAUUCAAAAUAAAAUUAUUUUAAUUUAUUGUAUGGAUAUACGUACGUUAUAUGUAUGCAUAUUAUAUUGUUCCAUGUGAUAAAGAGAAAGCUUGUUUUUGCAAAUAAAGAACCACAUACCUUUCAUUUUUUCAG